AGAUCACCUCAAACCUCUCUUUGCACCACCUUAUUUCAUCUCUUUGUUGAGAUAUGGCCAUGAGAGUCGGCGUUGUUCUUCUCGUUCUAGCUUUCAUUUCAGGAACAUCUCUUGCGGCAAGAAUCAUCGUCGGCGACGCGGCACAUUGGACCUUCGGCUACAACUAUACAGACUGGGCGAUCAAGAAUGCCCCGUUCUACCGAAACGAUAUCUUGGUGUUCAUGUACGAUCCUCCGAACAGUACCACGUUCCCGCACAGCGUGUACCUGUUGAAGAGCCUACGUAGCUUCGAGGCCUGCGACCUGAAGAAGGCGCAGCUUGUGGCCAACGUCGUGCAAGGAGGUGGCGCUGGCUUCGAGUUUGUGCUGAAGAGGAGGAAGCCUCACUACUUUGUGUGUGGAGAGCGCGGUGGCAUUCAUUGCACCGUUGGGCUCAUGAAGUUCUCUGUGCUGCCUGUAAGGAGGUCUUGCCAAGCUUGAGGGAUCACUUAAGAAGAUGUAGCUUUAUUUAGAGUUUAAGAUAAAUCCCUAUUUCUAAGUGGAAAAAUAA